AUGCUUAGCGAACCUGCUGCCUCACGGCCUCUGCAUGCUCAAUGCAUGCAGUUAGUAGAAACCUUACAGUCAACCAUUUGCUCUCCUGACGCGUCCACGGAACUCAAACCGGCGAUAUUUCAGAAUGCUCUCGUGUGGUAUUUUCAUGCGCAAGUUCAACAUCCGCUCAGAGCUCUUUAUGGAUAUAAAAAGGCAUUCUUUUUGUUAACCAAGAAUUCCGUUGCUGACAAAAAAGCAGCCAGUCUUAUUCGAGAACUUGAAGCAACGCCCCGAAUUGUGAUUAGUUCAAGAGCUACCGAUAAAAAAUGGUUUCUGGGUGGAAUUGAGCCAAUUUCACGCGAGAAUGUCAUCGAGUAUAGAAUGAAAGCAGACCAGACAACAUUGGAGCCACUUUCUCAGGAAGAUGCCAGUUUAGUCCAAUCAUACCACGAAGAAGCCAAGAAUCUAUCUGCGGUGUUUGCGUCCUGUGUAGGUACAAAGUCGUACAUAGGAUUGGAAUUGGACUUUGAUGGUGGCAUUACGAGGAAUUCUACCCGGCAAACGAAUAUGUUGAAGAGACUUUAUGUGGUAGAAGAUGAUGGUGAAAUUUCAAGUGUCCAAGGUGAAGAAUUCAAGAGCAUACCAUCUUUAGAUCAAUUGUUAGAAAGGUAUCGAGAUGCAAUGGGUCAGGAAAAGAAUAGCUUAGAGACUUUAUCGGGACAGGUCUUUGCUAAAUAUCACCUCGAUCUAACGCUGGGAAAGAAGGAUCUUAAGGAAUCUCUUAGUACAAUCACUCUUGAAAUAUGCUGGCAAGACAUCCAUCAACCAUUGUCACCGCCACCAUCUCUUGCGGCUGUCUCUCUGCCAACAUAUGGACUUCUUGUCGAAUUAACCAGACUCAUCAAAUGGUACCUCGCGGCUUUCUCCGGUGACGAUUGGGGAACCAACGUGACGGAGUCAAUGGAUGAGACUGUUAAUGGAAUUGCGCAAACAGUCAGAGUAUUCCUUGAGGAUGUGAGGUUCGAAGGAAGUGUUUCGAAUAUAGGCGAUGAGACGACUACUUCUUUCAUGAGUUUUCAAAAUUCUUCGUUGAUGCAAAGGAAGGAUCUAGAUUUUACAGAAAAACUAUGGAAUUUUUGUCAAGGAGCCAAAAACCAUACAGAUCUUGUUGCUGCAUUGGCUGUUGUAUUUGAAGAAUUAGAAGCAGGAAAACUCCAACCAACGUGCCACAAGGAUAACCACUCAAGCUUUGCCAAUACAAUACGUGAAUGUCUUAAAUUGGCGAGAAUACAAACAUCUACGGAUUACAAUGAUGUCAAGGAACACAUUCACGAUAUUUUCAACUUCUGGUUGGGACAACCUCUAGAAUGUAUGAUUGAAAUUGGAUUAUUCAAAUUGAAAAGAGACUAUUGUUAUCAUUUGAUUGGAAAUGAUUUGGUAACCUGGAGCGAAUUGGAGCCUUUUCUCGACGCGACACAACAACUUUCGGAGCAAAUAGAACGAUUGCGUCAGCUUCAUCGAAUUGUGGAAACGUGGUCCUUUGUCAAACGUGCUUUACCUCAAGUUCCUUAUGAGAGCAUGCGAAAUCUUAUCCAGACACUAGUUGACUAUUACAAACGGUUUCCUGUAGAUGAGAUAAACAAUCCGCGGGUCCAGACACCUUUAUCAUGUACAGUGUAUCUUCCUAAAUACUCCAGUGCCACAGAGAAAUUGAUUACGGAUCUUUUUAAGAGUAAGGAGACUAUUUUACCGACGUAUUGGGAGAUGUCGAUUAAAGAGGAUCUGGCAGAGAAGGCGGGGGAAUUAGUAUCACAUUCAGUCAAAAGAUACAACGAUAUCUUUUUCGUUCAAUUCGUUCAAUUAGACAAGCUUAAUGAAAAACGCGAAACACAGGAUGUCAUGGAAACGGAUGAUAAUGUCUUCGCUGACACGAUGGACGAAGAAAUGGCUUUGACUGGAGCAGGGACCGAGCUAAUAACGAAUAAAAAUCACAAUUAUCAGAUGACUGUCGCAACGAGUCAAAUGCGAUACCGUUCGCAAUAA